AUGCCAGCCCCGGCCACCGACGCGGGGCAGGUUCCCUUCUGCGAGGCCAAGGAGGAGACCCGUGCCGGGCUCGAGGGCUCGGCGGGCGGCGCUGACCCCCCGGGGCGGCGGGGCGCGCGCGGAAGGCGGCUGCACAUCGUCUGGAGGAACGUGGUCCUGAUGAGCCUGCUCCACUUGGGGGCCGCCUACUCCCUGGUGCUCAUCCCCAAAGCCAAGCCGCUCACUCUGCUCUGGGCUUACUUCUGCUUCCUCCUGACUGCUCUGGGCGUGACAGCUGGAGCCCAUCGCCUGUGGAGCCACAGGUCCUACAAGGCCAAGCUGCCCCUGAGGAUAUUUCUGGCUGCUGCCAACUCCAUGGCUUUCCAGAAUGACAUCUUUGAGUGGGCGAGGGACCACCGCGCCCACCACAAGUACUCAGAGACAGACGCUGACCCCCACAACGCCCGCCGAGGCUUCUUCUUCUCCCACAUCGGGUGGCUGUUGGUGCGCAAGCAUCCAGAUGUCAUCGAGAAGGGACGGAACCUUGACGUCACGGACCUGCUGGCGGACCCUGUGGUCCAGUUCCAGAGAAAGUACUAUAAGACCAGCGUGGUGCUCAUGUGCUUUGUGGUCCCUGCCCUCGUGCCCUGGUAUAUCUGGGGAGAGAGUCUGUGGAAUUCCUACUUCUUGGCUUCCAUUCUCCGCUACACCAUCGCCCUCAAUGGCACAUGGCUCGUCAACAGUGCAGCCCACAUGUACGGGAACCGGCCCUAUGACAGGCAUAUCAGCCCUCGGCAGAACCCACUGGUGGCCCUGGGCGCCAUUGGGGAAGGAUUUCACAACUACCAUCACACCUUUCCCUUUGACUACUCUGCUAGUGAAUUUGGCUUAAAUUUCAACCCAACCACCUGGUUCAUUGACUUCAUGUGCUUGCUGGGGCUGGCCACUGACCGCAAACGGGCCACCAAGUCAAUGAUUGAGGCCCGGAAAGCCAAGACUGGAGAUGGCAGUGCCUGAAGUGGGACCAGCUGUUCAACAAGUCUGACUGACCUUGAUGCUCACCCAUGUCUUUGUUACUGUAGAUCUCUGGCGAGUUGGGUGGUAGAGGGGAUGGAAUCCAUGUGGUUUGGGAAUUCUUGAUUUGUCUCAAAUAGUGUCAGCUACAACUAGGUUAAUAUUAGUACUAUGAUUUAACAUCAGUGUGACUUAAUCUCUAUAGUAAUCUUUGUCAAAUUCACAUUAUUCUGUGCUUACAUGUGAUGUUAACCCAGACAGGAUGAUCCACAAGAGCAUUGCUUUUAUUUUCUGUGCAUUAAUCCAACAUUGCUUUUAAACACACUGAGGAGCAGAGAGGGAGAGUAGAAGACAAAAGAGGGCUUUUGGAGUAACUUGGGAAUGUUCUUGUUUUACAACUACUGUGUGGAUGGGGUUUUUGUUUGAGAGAAUCUAUGCAGGUACUGAUAGUUCACGCCUGUAAUCCUAUUUACUCAGGAGGCUCAGAUUUGAAGAUCAGAAUUCAAACCCAGCCUGGGCAGUAUAGUCCAAAAGACUCUUUUCUCCAAUUAACUAGCAAAGAGCCCGAAGUGUAUCUGUGGCCCAAGUAAAUGGUAGAGCACUGGCCUUGAGCAAAAAAGCUAAGG